AUGGGGAGAAAUCUUGGAACAGCGUUUAGACGAGAGUUGGCUAAUCUUGACAAAGAUCCAGAUAGCAGCAAGACUGCAAUGAGGAACUUGAGAACUAUUGUGAAAGAUUUGGAUGAAAAAGUGAUUCGUGUGUUUGUUUCUCAAGUUUCCGAAACCAAAGAGAUUGGUUCUGAGUCAGGUGGCUUCACGGUUUCUCUCUUUGAAGACCUUGCUCGUGCUCAUGGAGUCAAAAUCGCUCCCCAUGUGGAAAUGAUCAUGCCUGUUAUCAUAAAGACAUUGAGCGUUAGUGAAGGUUCCUUAAGUGUUCAACAGGCUUGCUCAAAGGCGGUUGCUGCUAUGGCUAGAUAUGGGAUUGAUCCUGCAACACCGGAAGAUAAGAAGAGGAAUGUGAUUCACUCUCUUUGUAAGCCACUCUCCGACUCUCUACUUGAUUCACAGCAUCAGCAGCAUCUUGCUUUGGGGUCUGCUCUUUGCUUGAAGUCACUUGUGGACUGCGAUAACUGGCGUUAUGCUGCUGGCGAGAUGGUUAAUAGCGUUUGUCAAAGCUUAGCUGUUGCUCUUGAAGCCACUUCAAGUGAAGCCAAGUCUCAUAUGGCACUUGUCAUUGCUCUUGCCAAGCACAAUCCGUUCACCGUUGAGGCGUAUGCAAGGCUGUUUGUGAAGUCAGGUCUGAGGAUUCUUGAGUUAGGUGUUGUGGAGGGAGAUUCUCAGAAACGGCUGUUGGCUAUACAGAUGCUCAACUUUCUGAUGAAGUAUCUGAAUCCCAAGAGUAUCUGCUCUGAGGUGGAGCUUAUAUUACAAGAGAUGGAGAAGCACCAGCAAGACCAGGAGUAUUGUGUGAAAGUUGCAGCUUAUGAAACCAUGAGAACAGCGGAGAGGUUAAUAGGAGAGGAAGAUCCAGUGUUUGAUGCAGAGAGCUGCAAGAGCCGAAUCUCGCUCAGCGGAUCGAUCAAGUCUACACCAACUCCGAGAGGUGAUGACCACUGGAGUGUUGGCAGUAGACAUGAGAGGAGUUAUGUAAAUGAUCAAGAAGAUGAUGAUGAUGGAGUGUUUCCCGGUGUAGCCAGUUGGAGAACUGCUGUCUCAGGCUCUCCUUUGGUGAGAUUGAAUGAAGAAACCGGCUCUGUGCUCGAGAGUCCAAGAAAUGGAAAUGAGUUUCACUUUUCUGGUGUUGGAGAUGCUACUAUAGAGUCAGAUUGGUUCCAUCAGAGGAACAGAAGCGCUGAGUUCAACGAAUCAGUGUGCUCUAGGACCAAUCGCUCAAGGCGAAGGACGAAGAAGAGGCAAGAUCACAGGCACGGUUUCGCACAAGAUCCAUUCACUGAGCUAGUUGAGAACAGACAGCAGCGGGAAGACGAGAGUGAGAGCUCGUCAUCAUCAUCAAUAUAUGAUACAUCUGGUACUAUCAGUCCAACCAACACAACAGAAGAUAAGAAGGCGAAGUUCUACAAACCCGUGUGCUCUAGGACUAAUCGCUCAAGACGAAAGACGCAGAAGAGACAAGAUCAUAGGCACGGUUUCGCACAAGUAGUUCAGAACAGACAGCAGCGUGAGAGCUCAUCAUCAUCAGCAAUAUCUGAUACAUCUGGUACUAUUAGUCCUCACAGGCACGGUUUCGCACAUGAUCCAUUCACUGAGCUCUCAUCAUCAUCAGCAAUAUCUGAUACAUCUGGUACUAUUAGGCCUCACAGGCACGGUUUCGCACAAGAUCCAUUCACUGAGCUAGUUGAGAGCAGACAGCAGCGGCAAUACGAGAGUGAAUCUGGUACUAGUCCAACCAACACAACAACUGAAGAUAUAGAUAUGUAUGAGGACGCGAAGUCAGAUUUGGACUCUGAGACUGAAACAGGCUUAAAGACGGGAGAGGCGCAAGCGUGUGUUGAGAUGGGGAUUGAGUUUCUUGUCUAUUGCAGUUGCAGGGUUUGCUUCUGUCAUGUGGGUACAUCUGUAAGAUGA